GGUUAAUGGUCCAACACUGCCACCCAUCUGUCAAUCUUGGUAGCUCAUAAGUUACAAAACAGCCAUUGUAUAAAACCAAACCUAAGUGAGUGCUGUUGUGUAAACGUUGCUAGUUUCUUUUUAAGCUGCGACUCCAAACGCCAAGCAUCACAGACAUGAACAGCAGACGAUCGAAGUCGCCCGCCUCUGAAUCCAGAAAGGCCAAGGUAAAGAAACGAGCUGGCGAAAACUCUGCAACGCUCUGUAGGAAACUACGAGACAAGAAAGAAGCAGAAACAGGGUCUCCUGUCAAGCCCACUGCAUUCCAGAGGAAACGUGCACAUGGCAGCAUACUGCACUACAUCUACAGGAACACUCUGGGACAAAGUCUUCACUCUCAUGUGAGACAGUGUCUCCAGGAGCCUUUUGUCCGCUCGCUCUCAUCCUACCUAUUCCACGCAGCCACCAGCCCCUUUGAUCGCAGAAUCACCUCCUUGGAGUGGCAUCCCACUCAUCCCACCACGCUGGCCGUGGCCUCCAAAGGUGGGGACAUUAAUCUGUGGGACUAUGAGCUCCCCAGCAAAAGGAUGAUGAUUCAAGGGAAUGGUGCUGGAGACUCUAUUGGAGGGAUGAAGUUUUGCCCCAUGGACCACUCCAGAGUCUAUGUGGCGUCCGUUGAGGGCACACUGAACGUGCAGAGCUUUGAGGGACACGCAGCCACCAUUUUAUCUCGAACUGGAGACUGUGGCCACGAUCACCACAAUGUUUGUUGCUGGUACUGCUGUGUAGACGUGUCCAUCAGCCGACAGAUGCUCGUGACAGGGGACAACUUAGGGAAGCUCUUACUUCUGGGUUUGGAUGGGCAAAAGAUUUUCAGUGGCAAGUUACACAAAGCGAAAGUGAGCCACGCAGAGUUCAACCCGCGCUGUGAUUGGCUGCUGGCGACGGCCUCUGUGGACCACACCGUGAAGUUGUGGGAUCUGAGGAACAUGAAGGACAAAACGAACUUCCUCCAUGAAAUGCCUCAUGAGAAGGCUGUCAACUCAGCCUGUUUUAACCCCCUGGAUGGUUCUAAGUUGCUAACAACUGAUCAGUACGACCAGAUCCGCGUCUAUUCAUCUCACGAUUGGUCCAAACCUCAGCAGAUCAUCCAGCAUCCACACAGACAGUUUCAGCAUCUCUCACCCAUCAAGGCCACAUGGCAUCCUGUCUAUGACCUCAUUGUGGUAGGUCGUUACCCUGACGACAGGGUUUGCACUGGAGACCAGAGGACCGUUGACAUCUUUGAUUCAAACACAGCAGAGCUUGUGUGUCAGCUGCAGGAUUCCGUUGUUGCCGGAAUCAAGUCUAUCAACAAAUUUAAUCCCACAGGAGAAGUGAUUGGCUCUGGAAUGGGCGUAACAGUACUGAUUUGGUGCAGAAACAAGUUGUUAGGAGACGGAAACAAGCAAGAGGAAACGUCCACCUCAGCUCAGAGUUUAAGGAGUGAACGUAGUGGUCAGCAGCGAUCCGUUAGGAACAAGAGAGUUGCUGAUGUGGAAGCCAAGCUCAAGAAAAAACUGCUUUCUCUGAAGGAAACGGAGACCGGAACCAAGACUAAGAGCACUAAGCAGUCGAGGAAGCACUGAAUUUAACUUGUCUAGUUUUUGAAAUUCUUUACUACUAUGUUAAACUUAGAAAUAUUGCACGUUAUUGUUUUUUCUACUGUAUUUGUAAUAAAAAGUUUUUACCAUAAA